AUGGCGGAUGCUGAACAGAAUUUCUGCGAUUUUUCGCAAAAUUCUGCCUUUAAAUGCGGUUCCCAUCCCGCAUACAGAGAUGAAAAAGACUAUAUUAGAUUACGGAAAUGCAACAAAGAGAUAAAACAGCAUUUGUAUAGUGUGCAAGUGUCACAGACUGCACUAAAAACUGAGAUGGAACUUAUUGCCUACAGAUGUGGAUAUUUUGAUGUGGAAUCUCCUGUGCUACAGAAUAAAAUUAUCUGUUCUAUGCGCAGAUAUAAACUCUGUCUUAAAUGGAACAGACCUAGAGGGUGUUGUCACCCUCUCCAUGGCCGAUCACAGGGUCGUGCUUAUCGUGGUAUUGGUCCGGAGAUGAGUAAAGACAUUAUGAUGAAGUGGAAUACUUUUGUAGCAAUAGGAUCAGGUAAGAAAUAAGUAAUGAGUGCUGUGAUAGUAAAAUAAAUAUUGACUGAAAUUAUGUUUAUUUUAAUGUUUUUUUAAAGGUUUACACUGUACAUCCAUACAAUAUGCACCCCUUGACCUAUUAGCUAUCAAUGAAAAUAACAGCUUACAUAAUCUGGGGAUGUUAAAAUAAAUUUUACAGUAGAGAGGCUUGACUGUUGAUGUCAUAUCUGCAAUUACUACACUUAACAACAAUUAUGACAAAAAUUUUAUGACACAGUUAAAAAUAGGUCAUUCAUAAAAUCAAUUCUCAUGGGUGAUGCUUAUGUUAUUGUACCAUAUUCAUUUCCACUCUUUUUUUUCCUCACAGGUAUUUGCAGAGGUUGUGAGAGUACCCACCGGGCAGAAAUGAAGAAGAUGACUGCUCUAACUCCAUCCCAUACUUCCACAAUGUCAUCCUCAAGCACGACCAUGUCUGAGGUAAGAAAUUUGUGUGAUCAUGCCCAUGAAUCUGGAUAUCAAAUGUUCUAUCAUUAUAUCAUAAUAUGAAGGAAGUUUAACCUUGGAAACCAAACCCGGUACCUACAUUGGGUUUUAUUUUUUUACUAUGUUGAAUGGCAUGAUGAACCAUCUGCUUUCCAGUCACAUGCCACUGACCAGUGCAAGAGGCAUAAAAUUCAACAUCAGUAAAAUUUGAUGGAGACUAUUCUACAUCUAAUGAAUUUGUGAAUACACACUUCCGACUCAAUCCAGAACAGGCCCAUUUCAUGUCUAUGCACAUGUGCAGCACGAAAUCCAUGCCUUAAACCUAAUCUCAAGCCCUUAUUUUUUUGCUGGGAGAGAUGAAAAGAUACAGUACUGAACAAAAUGAUAUGUUCUGUUUUUUCACAGGCUGAACAACCAAGCAUAAGAAAACGGACUGUAGCAUUGCCUGCCGCUAGUGCGUCUACAUCUCCUCCUGAGAGUGGGUCUGAUGAACCGCCCGAAAAUGAUCCAAGUGUGAUUACGACGGGAAAGGAAGAUAGUGACACUGAUACAUUCACACUGACACUACCAGAGGUAAGGAUUCAUAGCUACAGUACCUAACGUGAGGAACAAAAAAAUCAAAAAUCGUCACGAUGCAUUGCCUUGUUUGAACCAAAAAUUUGAUUUAAUAGGAGUUUUAUACUACCUUGAACUAGUAUAGUUAUCAAGAAGAGCUAACCAGACCCCUAUAGUUAUCAAGAAGAGCUAACCAGACACAAUAUAUAAUAAUUUGAUUUUAGUAGAAAAACCCUGCCCAGAAAUACUGAUUUGUUAUUAUUUACUCUCCUUUCCGAGUUCUGACUGUGGUGGAUCCACCCCCGAAGCAGGGUUUGAUGAAUCGUACGUACCUACUCCUGCCGCCCCGAGGAACAUUCCUCUACAAGCCCUGAAUACUUUCCUUGACAGUGGAAAUGUCGCUCCAAUCAAGGGUCAGCUAAUGACAUCAGCCAGGCAGUGUCACCAAGCUACACGACGGUAUUAUAAGAGAAAAACCAAAGAAACUUUUGAUUUGGUGCUUCAUACCAUUGCACCGGGGCACGAGAGCGAGUUGAUGGAGCUCUCAAUUCAACAAGCUGAUGAGACCAGUGAUUCGGACUCUGACUUGGAAAAGAAACUGGUGAAUUGCUAUGAAAAUGCUGAAUCCUCCAACACACGGCUCCAAAUUCUAUCCAUAUUGUGUAGAGGACGCACAAAACAGCAGCUACAGGUAAUUCUGUGUUUCAGAUAUUAGCGAGAUAUUCAGCACUGCAGCAUAAAAGUGAUUUUUGUGUAACGUUUGUCAAUCUUUGUCAUUGAGACCUGGUGCUAUAUUGUUGGUUUCAUCACUUUUUUCAGGCUCUUAUCCCUGGGCUAACUGUAUACAGAAUUGACAAAGCCAGAAAACAUGAAGUGACUAUCGGGGCUGCAUUACCACCAGAAAUUGUAGAAAUACGGAGGAAUCGCAUGGAAGAAGAAAAAAUAGAUCACUUUCUGGACUUUGUAUCUAGACCAGAGUUUAUUCAGGAUGUAGCUUAUGGGACCAGAAAUAUCAAGUUAAGCUACGGUGAAAAACUGGAAAUUCCCAAUGUUAUCCGUACUGUUGUAGUGUCUAGGAUCAUUGAACUCUACAUAGCCUACUGUGAUGAAACCGGCUUUAAACCACUUGGUAGAUCCUCGUUAUACUCAAUUAUCCAGGUAAAUUGAAAUUUUGUGUGUAAAACUCACCUAAGUAAAUAUGAGUAAAAUAAGUAACAUUCAGUGUACUGUUUCAACGCCGUUCACCUAGAUUUCUAGUAAACUGAGUGUACUGUACAGUCGAGUCACUGUUCUCCUAAAUCGACUUACCUGACCGUCCAUUCCAUUACUCUGCCAGUCAUGUUCGUCCAUGUUCACCAAUAAUAUAAUCAGACAUUUAGUCGUAUAUAGUAUUCAUUUCAUUACUCUGUCUUCUUUUUCAACUAUUGAAUGAUUGAAGGGUUUGUUGUUCUUCAACAGGUAUGCGCCGCCUCACAGCAAAAAUCUGUUGCCGGCCUUGAUAAUAUUGCCGCUGAAGCAUCAGAAGCGUUCAGCAACUUACUAUCCAUGGUGGAAUCAUUUGGAGAGCUAGGUAAGUUGCAGAUGUAAUAGGUCAUCUCAUGUUAUGUAAUCAAAAUCCUGUAGGUACACAAACUAAUGCUUUUAGGACUCUAUCGCUUUUCGUCCAGUGUUGGGUUGGGGGAGAAUUUUAUCUACGCACACUUCAGGUAUCAGUCAAUUUUGUAAAAUGAUCACUGUACGAUCAUUGAAUCGGUAACGCCGUGUUACUGAUCCCACCUGUUCUCUGAUCCUCCAAAAUCAUCAAAUUCGGACAACAUCUGUGGCCAGACGCGAAUGGGAUAUCAUCCGAAAAUUUUUCUCUAGUAAAGUACUUGUUCUCAUCUUUCAAUCAAAUAUCAUUUUGAAAUAAUGCCAGUCUCAAAAGACAGCUAAUAGAGGUAAGAAUCAAGCAAGGUAUGUUAGAUUUUCGGUAACGCCACAUUCUCCAGUCUCGGGCGUUACCGAUUCCUGGAAGUGGCGUUACCGAAAAUCUUGUGUACCUUGCUUCAUUCUUACAUCUUUUUGCUGCCCUGAAAGACCGACAUUGUCUGAAAAAGAUAUUUGAUUGAAAGAUGAAAACUUUACUAGAGUACUUUACUGGAGAGAAAUUUUCAGAUGAAAUCCCAUUUGCGUAUGGCCACAGCCGUUGUCCGACGUUGACGAUUUUGGAGGAUCAGAGAACAGGUGGGAUCAGUAACACCGGAAUCGGUAACAUGGCGUUACCGAUUCAAUGGUCGUACAGUGAAAUGAUGUGGCUCUCGAUGACAACAAUCUCCCUUCAUCAAUGCUCAUUCAUAUUCAUAUGUUUUCAGGUGCGAGUCAUGCCCUCACUGAUGACCUGAAGCUCAAAUUAACCUCAGCCAACAAAUACAUGAAAACAGACUUCAGGUUAAAUUUGGAAGUGACGAGCAGCUGCAUCAAUCACUGUAUCACAUACGCUCUGAGUGAUGGCACGUUAUGUGACCAUGAGCAUGAGUUAUCCUGCCAGCGGUGUGUGGGAGUGGAAAGUGUUUUAGACCACAUAGAAAAAUUGGUCCAAUCAGACACACUGAAGUACAGGUGAGAAUGAAAAAACAAGCCACUUUUCCAUUAAUACAAGUCCUCUUUCAUUAGUCAUUUUGUUUCCAGACGUGAAUUUCUUGUUCAAUGUAUCUUCAAUGAUUUUCAUUCAUUCGUAAAUAAUAAUGCAAAAAAUGUAGCUACAAAAGUGUGAGUCGUUAUUUUCAAUUAUAUAUUUCUUGACUGAUUAUGUCUUCUCAAUUUUACAGCUAUCCCCAACAGCGCGAAGAAGUCAUACAUGAUGUCGUUGUUGCCAGAACAAAAAUCAGCCAGCUGCGAUCCCACCUCGUACGAGCUAAAAAUCAGGAGCGGUCUAAGACAGAUAUCAUUGACAUCAGCUGA